GGACCAGGCGGUGAAAUGGCGCCGAAACACACCGAGCACGCCCCCCUCCAUUACGGUCUGGCGGGUUAUCGUUCUCCAGCUUCGCUGCAAGUUUGCAUCCUCCCGUCGCCGUCGGCACACCCUCCUUCGACGACGCGGGGUCCCAGCGAUCGCCCGGCCACAAAGGACCCUGAUGCACAGAAUUCCCCUGAGCCCCGGUAUGCUACGAGGGGGCGGGAAGCACAACCAAUGUGCUGCAGUAAACCAACCCCCAGUAAGCAUUAGCCACAGACGGAGCUUCUAUGUAUGCGGGUACAUGGCAUGAUGGAGACGGAUGCUCGUCCCGCCAUUUGGUCCAGGAAAAGGGGAGGACUGCGCUUGAUUAUCAGUCGAAAAGGCGGGAUGCUGCUGACAAAAGCCUGGCGGCCUCGACGUCCACCGGUUCGAGUAGCCAGGCUAGCAACGGAUCAUGUUGGAGAAGGGGAUUGGUAUACUGAUCUUGGCUCCGUGGCGCGGGAUGCGGCUACGAAGUGGGUGGGUGGCAAGCAGAUGACUUGGCCAAACGUCACGAGCAUUAGGCUCGCCGGUCCGUCCACUGGUCCAGGUGUAAACGCCAUGACAUUAUCGCGAUGGUCGCCUGUGACCAAAUUGGGCAGGAGGCCACCGUUGAGUCAAGAGAGUGUCACCAGUCCGCCGGCUGUAGGAAGUGUAAUCGAAUGUUACAUGUCACCGUCUGGCGGUUUAACGGUAUUUGCGAUAUGCCGUAAGAUGGUUUCUGGCAAACGGAGGUGCCCAACGAGGUCAGCAAGGUUAUCGUAUUGGCUCAUGUCGGAAAACGUGGGCGGGAGUCAUGGAUUAGGAAGAAUGCGAUGCCGCUUUUGGUUGUUUACUCGCUGUGUUCCGUUGUACCAAUCCCCCCCAACGCGAAGACAAGGUCAUGAAGUUCAAUCCAGGUCGCGCAAUUCAUCGGGUUGGGGAUGCGUUACACGCGAAACCGAGGGGGAAAAUGAGGCCAAUCCAACCCUCGCAGGGUCAGACAGGCUACUACUGCCCAAUAAAGGCGCCUCAACAGCACAGCCAGCCGAGAUGAGAUGGGCUUUCGGACUAGAUGCCACGGACAAGACAUGAUGGCUGGAUUCUGUUUGGUGUAACAUGGCUAGCAACGCGGGACUCCUCCCUCAUUGAUUCACAUACGGGGGUCAAGGACGAGGUGACGGGCGCAAUGAGGAUACGAGGCAACGGCCUCCAGGGCACCAUUCGUCUCGGAUUCGGCGUGGAAACAGCCUGGGUGUUGGUCUGUCCCGCCUCUUCUUCUUGACGUGCACGGCUAGGCGGGAAAGGCGGUACAACGAUACGGCAUGACGACUUUCGUACGACUGGUGGACAUUUCAGUGUAGGACGACUGCACAAUUGCUGGCUAUUCCGUUCACGUCCGU